AUGACCUCGCAGCUGUCCCCUCUGACUCAAGCUGUUACCGGUGCUAUUGGCUCGGCAUCAGCGAACGCGCUAGCGUACCCUCUGGAUCUUGUCACUACUCGACUACAAACAACUAGGUCUCGCAAGCUCCAAGGACCAAGAGGAGUCGUUGCCGUUCUGCGACAUGUCGUGGACAAAUACGGCGCUGGUGCAUUGUACGAUGGGCUUGGUUCAGACACGGCUUCUACCAUUGUAUCCAACUUUCUGUACUUCUAUGCAUAUACUCUCCUGAGAGCCCUCGUGCUACGUAGGGCAUCCCACGCUGCUUCUCCCAAAUCCGCUACCCGCCCUCCCGUAUUGUCCAUGGCUCAAGAACUUGUACUCGGCUACGUUGCUGGCGUCACUUCCAAGAUGAUUGCGAGCCCUUUGAGCGUCGUGACUGUCCGCCUGCAGACUGCGCGAGAAGACGACGAGGAGUUACCUGGAAGUACAGUCAAGGACAUCGCCGCCACGGUGCAGUCGAUCUAUAAGGACGAGGGGUGGAAAGGGUUCUGGAGAGGCUACGAGAGUACCAUACUCCUUUCAAUGAACCCGUCCAUCGCCUUCGCCUGCUUGCAAUUCAUCCGAAAGCUUCUGCAUUUCCGCCAUCGUUCAAGUGCAGUCCCCGCCAAGAUUCUACAACCCGGGCCGUUGGAGUCCUUCCUCACCGCUGCAAUAGCGAAUACGGCCGCCGUCACCCUUCUGUACCCGUUGAUACUAGCCAAGACACGAUUACAAGUCGCGAGGAAGACCGCACCAUCGCCUCCUGGGCCUUCUGACACGACUUCGCAAUUCAACGCAUCUCGUGCAUCCGCAUCAUCUCCUACCAAAUCAGUUCGCUUCUCCGUACCUGAACCCACGAUGCUCACUACGCUCACCGAUGCGUAUACUGGCGAAGACGGCUAUCCAGGCGGACUGUAUCAGGGUCUAUCCGCGCAGAUUGCUAAAGGCAUCAUCAGCAUGGGCGUAACGAUCAUGGUCAAGGAGAGGAUCGAACAGGGCCUUGUCCGUGCUGUCCGCAGAUGGAGGCAAUAA